AUGGCUGGCCGGGCGUCGGCGGCGCGGGCCGCCAGGCGCCACCUGAUCGCCACCGGCGUCGGCUUCACCGCCGCUCUGGCGGUCGCCAAGGCCUUCAUCGUGCCCCAGUCCGCGGAGAGCGAGGGCGCCGAGGGCGACCAGAAGAGGGAGCUGAAGCUGGUGCAGGUCGUGUUCAGGCACGGUGCCCGCACCCCGCUUGGGCAAAAGUACUGGCCUGAGCUAGGCCCCAAGUGGGAUGUGUGCGGCAAGGCCUAUGAUGCAGUGCCGGUGAAUGUGCUGGCGAUAGAUGGCAGGCCACGGCCAAUCAAUCAGGACGAUGAAAAGCAGGUCAGGCAGAGGUACGAGGGCGGCUGCUCCAAGGGCGAGCUGACGCUAGUAGGGCAGCAGCAGGCGCUGGCGUUUGGGCGCUGGCUGCGCUGGCGCUACCACUUGGUGCACGGCGUGCUGCCGGGCGCGCACGCCGAGGGAGUGGUCAACGCCCGCACCACAAACUACUCGCGCACCAUCGCCACCCUGCAGGGGGUGCUGAGCGGGCUGUUCCCCGGCACGGCACAUCCCAUCACGGUGCACACCACAGAAGAGAUCGACGAGGUGCUGUACACCAACGUGAAGAGCUGCGGCAGGCUGCACCAGCUGAUGCAGGACCUGCACCGGCAGCAGCGAGAGGCGUCGGAGCUGGGCGCCGACCCGGCGGUGGAGGCGGGCAGGCAGGGGUGGCGCAUGCGGGACGAGCAGCUCCUGCGGGACAUCGACCGCCUGGCAACCGCCCGCUUCAUGCACGUCAUCGCGCCGCACCCCGACACAGGCAAGACUCACGAGGUGCUGCGGCUGGGCAUGGGAGUUCUGAUGGAGAUGAUGGUGCGGCGCAUGGAGGCGGCGGCGGCGGGCGAGGCGGGGGACACCCGUAUGUUCCUCUACUCUGGCCACGACAGCAGCCUGAUGCCGCUGCUGGCGGCGCUGGGCAAGCACGUGGAGGACUGGCCGCCCUACCUGUCCAACCUCACGCUGGAGCUGUGGCAGCAGCCCAGCGGCCAGCACUUUGUGCUGUACAACAAGAAGGAGCUGCCGCUGGAGGACCUGUGUGGGGCACCCGCGUGCGAGCUGCAGCUGUUCAAAGAGAAGGUCAUCGGGCCUUACCUUCUUACCAAAGACCAGCACCAGAAGGAGUGCAUGCUGCACUUCUUGCACGAUAAGCCGGCUGGAGAGCACACAGAGACGGAGGAGGUGCAGGUGGGCAGCUCCUUCCAGGAAGAGGCAGACCCAAAGGCGCCCAGCGGCGGCACAGCGGUGGCAGCGGUGGGCAAAGCGGCGGGCAAGGGCAGCGAGCAGGCCAACCCGCUGCAAAGCAUCGCAGAGGAAGUGUGA